CGACAUUUGCGUGUCCUUUAACAUCAAAGAAAAACCCUUAUUAACAUCAUCAUCUUCGUUGCGUUUAGACUCUACCAAUCUCCGAAUCUUUUAACAACCAUUCUCAGCUCGUCUUCCUCAUCUGGGAUUUCUAGGGAUUUGUUUUUUUUGUUCUCUUAAUCGCCCAAAUUGCUUAAGGUCUUCUCUCUUUCCACCACUACGCGACACGCAGAGAAGAAGAAGAGAAAAAAAAAAAUCAAUCCUCUGGUAGAUGCACUGAGCCAAGACAUGUAUUCUUCAAGAGGGAGUGGCUACGGCCAGCAGCAGUACGGUUCCCAAUCGGGAUAUGGUCAGAAUCUUGGAUCUGGUUAUCCCGGAAGUUCAGUCGGUGGCGCAGAGGGAGGAUCUCAGACGUCUUUGAGUUCUCGGCAUCCGUCCAUGACAGGAGCUCCUCAGGAGACUGAGACUGGUGGGUACAGAUCUCACUUAUCGACGGCGAGUCACUACGGAACGCAGUAUGGCUCUGUGUAUGGAUCAACAUCUCUUAGCAGCUCUCAGCCUUUAGGCAGCUCAUCGGUCUUGGAUAGCCGCUCGGGAUACGUCCCAACUCUACCGGACUCACCAAAGUUUGCGUCUGGAAGCUAUUUGUCUCCCUCGAGCCAUGGUUAUGGUCAAAAGGGGGAAGAUUUGUACUCUGAUAAGCUCUCUGGUUACGUCCCGGUCGACAGAAGGCAGUAUGGUGAACGUUCAGGCGCGUAUCUCGGUAGGGAGCUGCAAAAUGAACCAGCUGGUCGAUAUGCUGAUUCGUCUAACUUUGGUCGUCAGACUGGUUUGUAUGAUCGCAUUGAUCAAGCAUCGCUUCUCCGGGGAGAACAGUUAUUGAAAAUCCAGUCGCUCCAUACCUCUUCUGUUGAUGGAGGUGUCAGACAAGCCGAUUAUCUUACAGAACGAAGUUCUACUGUACGCCAUUCUGACCAAGAAGCUAUGCAUUAUGGAGGAAGGCUCGAGUCUGAUCCUCACGGGCUAUCAGUACACAACGCAUCUUAUGCCAGCCAACAUACCCCAUCGUUAUUAGGAGCUGUUCCUCGACGAAACUUAGAUGAUUAUAUUUAUCCGGAUAGUUCUUCAAAUCCUGGCUAUGGCGUUAGCUUACCUCCUGGCAGGGAUUACGGUGCUGGGAAGGGAAUCCAUAGUGCAGCAACUCUAGAAUUGGACUACCCUGGUGGUAUGCUUUCUCGUGGUGGUGGUGGUGGUCAUCGUGUUGAUGAUCUAAGAAAAGAUGACCGGGCAAGUUAUCUCAGGGAGUUCGAACUAAGGGAAGAAGAGCGUCGCCGUGAGAAUCUGCGUGCCAGAGAUAAGGAACGAGAACGAGAGAGGGAACGUGAACGUGAUAGAGAACGCGAGCGACAGAGGGAACGAGAAAAGCAAAGAGCUAGGGACAGGGAAAGGGAACGCAUUCUUGAACGACGGGAGAAGGAAAGAGAAGCUGAAAGAGAACGUGAGCGUAAACGUGCUCUCGAAACAAAUCCAACAGCAAGAGCUACGUCCAAGGACCCAACGGAGCGGACUCCAGUGCCAAAAGCUGUUUCUAGGGAUGCACGUAGUUCCUCUUUGCGGCGGGAUGCUCAACAUCGUGAAGCAUCAAUUAGGCGUCCUUCACCAAUUAGGCCAAUAAGGAGAGAUUAUGUCUGCAAGGUUUUAUCCUCGCGAUUGGUUGACGCGGAGAGGGAUUACUUGACAUUAGAUAAAAGAUAUCCAAGGCUUUAUGUGCCUUCUGAGUUUUCCAAGGUUGUAGUGAACUGGCCGAAACAAAAGCUAACACUUUCAAUGCAUACUGCUGUGAGUUUUGAGCAUGAUUACAUUGAAGAGGGUGGCGUUGAUGUGAAAAAUACUCCCACAAAGUCUUUAGCUGUUAAAACUGGAGGAAAGACUGUUUGGAAUGCCAAGAUGAUUUUGAUGAGUGGGCUGAGCAGGACUGCUCUGGAAGAUCUUUCUUCAGAUAAAUUAUUUGAAGACCGUAUACCUCAUAUAUGCAACAUAUUAAAAUUUGCGGUUCUUAAAAAAGAUCAUUCUUUCAUGGCGACUGGUGGUCCCUGGGAUCCCAUUGAUGGCAUGGACCCAUCCGUUGAUCAGUCUUCCUUAAUUCAGACAAUGCUGAGACACACAAAGGAUAAGCUUCAUCUUGAUCUCAGCAACUGUCGUCACUGGAAUCCAUUUCUCGAGAUACAUUAUGACAGAGUUGGUACAGAUGGAGUUUCUACCUUCAAAGAGAUCACUGUACUAUUUGUCCCCGAUUUAUCAGAAUGUAUUCCUUCGUUUGAUGCUUGGAGAACCCAAUGGCUAGCACACAGGAAAGCUCUUGCUGAGAGAGAUCGACUGCUUUCUCAGGAGGUUAAGAAAGAAGUCAUUUUGGGAAAAAGCAGUGAUGAUACAAGUGAAGUGGCCAAGGAUGCAGAGAAAAAGGCUCCGACAACUGGAACUAAGAAGAUGGUGAAAAAGAUAAUCAAAAGAGUUGUUAAAAAGCCUGUCAAUGACGGGAAGGCGACCGGUAAGAAAGAUGAGAUUCCCGAAAAGGUUGCCAUAUCGGAGACCUCAGUCCCAAAGGCUGGAGCUCAAACAGGUGAUAAGGCAGGUGAGAGCUCAGAUCCUAGUGCUAAGUCUAAUGAGCAGACUCCUUCAAAGACAAUUGUAAAGAAAAAGAUUAUUAAAAGGGUGGCUAGAAGGAAGGUUGCUGAAGUAGACAAUAACAUGGACGGUGAGGCAGGCAAGAAAACCUCUGAUUCAGAUAAUAUGGAAAUGAAACCUUCUGAGGAAAAGAAAGAAGAGAGUCCCUCCAAAAAUGCGGAAAUAAAACAGAGUGCCGGAUCUCCGGAUACUGAGAAAAAGAAGGGUGCCUCUUCUUCAACAAAGAAAGACAUUAAGAUUGGUGAAGAUAAGAAGGCUGAAAAGAAAAACAACUCAGAGACUCAGUCUGAGGGGAAAAAGGUUGAUGAGAAAAAGGCAAAAGAAAAAAUUACCGAGAAAGAGAUUAAAGAGAGAGGUGGAAAAGAUGCGUCCAGGAUACAAGUGAAGGACAGGAAAAAGUCCGAGGAACCUCCUCGUCCAGGAUUUAUUCUAAUAAUGAAACGGAACAAAGACUCUAAACUGCGUUCACUUUCGGUCUCCUUGGACUCGCUCUUGGAUUACACUGACAAGGACAUUGAUGAGUCAUCAUUUGAGCUUUCAUUGUUUGCGGAAUCGCUGUUCGAGAUGCUACAGUAUCAAAUGGGUACCCGUAUCUUUGAAUUUCUCAAGAAGCUGCGCGUCAAAUUUGUGAGACAAAGAAAUCAAAGGAAGAGGCAUCAGGAAGAGGUAGCCGCCAAGCAAAAGGAAGCAAAUACACAAAACAAGCGUCAAAAGACUGUUGAACAUAAUGACAAGGAAAUCUCUGUUAAAACUGAAUCUGCUCCUGAGAAGGAUGAUAAGGAGACUUCAGGCAAGGAAAUUGUAGACGGUGCUCGGGAAGUCUCAGAUAAGGAAGCUGUAGCGAACUCUGAAGAAACUUUAGGCAGUAAAAAAUCUAAUGAUGAAUCAGCUGCUAAUAUGGAAGUGGAUAACCAGGGUGAGGCUGAUAACGAGAAUGAGGAGGAUGACGAUGUUGAUGAAGACCCAGAGGAAGAUCCUGAAGAGGAUCCUGAAGAAGAUCCUGAAGAGGACCCUGAAGAAGACCCUGAAGAAAUGGACGAUGCAAAUCCUGAGCAAGAAGACGACCCUGCUGAAGAGCCGCUGAAGAAUGAAGAAAACAGUGAGAAUAAGACGAGUGGCACUGUUGCUGAACCUAUAACUGAAGUCGCAACUGACGGAAAAGAAGCAAAAGUUUCUUCUGUUGAGGAAAAGACUGAUUCCAAAUCUGCUGAGACCAAACCCAAGUCUGAGUCAGACAAGCACGGGAAGCAAGAGGGAGGAACGUCUGAUGCACCGAAAAGAGAAGAAACGGUUGAUAAAGAGUUGUUGCAGGCUUUCAGAUUUUUUGACCGGAACCAAACAGGCUAUGUUAGGGUUGAAGAUAUGAGAAUGACUAUUCACAGCUUGGGAAAAUUCCUAUCUCACAAAGAAGUCAAGGAACUUGUGCAGAGUGCUUUGUUAGAGAGCAACACAGGAAGAGAUGAUCGGAUUUUAUACAAUAAGCUUGUUAGGUUGUCUUUUUAGAAGACAAUAAUCAAUAAUGUUCGUCUUGUUUGUUAGUACGUUACUCGUCGGAGCAUCCUGAGAAAUGUUUUUUCCUUAAUUUAUUUAGACUAGUGUGCAAUAAACAGUAAUCAUACGAUUCAAAAAUCACCACUUAACUUUUUACAUUUGAUAGUUUUUUGCCCUAUAAUCAUUUAGAAAUAUCUACAAUAUGUAACUCUUCAGUUAUUAACUAUUUCUUUAGGUACAGACUUUAGUCAAACAUUUUUUUUUGGUGUGUGAUAAGUAUUACGAUAA